UAUAAACUAUAACUCUCUCUUCUUGCUUUCUUUAUCCAUCUUUAUGUGCGUAAAUCUUUAGUAUAAUUAUCUUAUUAAUGACUUCUUCAGUUUUUAUUCUUAUUUUGUUUAGCUUAAACUUCCACAUUUAACUUAAGGAGAGAAUUCAAGAACCCAUUAAAUAAAAUAAAAUAAAAAAAGGGAAGAAGCAGCCAUGAGAGACGAGAGAGAAGCAUCAAGUAGCCAAGUUCAAGGCCAAAAAAUAUCGAAUGGAGAUGACCAGAAGGUGGCAUUCUACAAGCUGUUCGCUUUUGCAGAUGGGCUAGACGUGGUUUUGAUGAUUGUAGGCUCUCUAUCUGCCAUUGCCAAUGGCCUCUCCCAACCUGCAGUCACUCUCAUAUUCGGUCAGCUGAUCAACUAUUUUGGCACCUUACAAAGUUCAGAAAUCGUUCACCACGUUUCCAAGUUGGCAGUAAAGUUUGUGUACUUGGCAAUUGCUACAAGCACUGUUGCACUUCUACAGGUUUCGUGUUGGAUGGUAACUGGAGAAAGACAAUCUGCUCGAAUUCGAGGUCUGUACUUGAAAACCAUAUUAAGACAGGACAUUGGCUUCUUCGACGCUGAAACAUCAACCGGUGAGGUCAUUGGAAGAAUGUCUGGUGACACUAUUCUCAUUCAAGAGGCUAUGGGCGAAAAGGUAGGGAAGUCUAUACAAUUAAUAUCAACAUUUGUGGGUUGCUUUAUUGUUGCCUUUGUCAAAGGAUGGCUCCUUGCAUUAGUUCUUCUUUCCUGCAUUCCUUGUCUUGUAUUUACUGGCGCGGUCUUAGCACUGCUUACUACAAAAAUAGCAAGUCGUGGACAAAUUGCUUAUGCGGAAGCUGGUAAUGUUGUAGAACAAACAGUUGGAGCCAUAAGAACAGUUGCUUCCUUCUCAGGAGAGAAGCAUUCGAUUCAAAAGUACAAUGAGAAGUUAAAGCUUGCAUAUAAAGCUACAGUGCAAGAAGGACUUGCCUCAGGCUUAGGAAUUGGUUUAAUGAUGUUUGUGAUCUUUGGCAGUUAUGGACUUGCCUUAUGGUAUGGAGCCAAAUUGACUAUAGAGAAAGGUUAUAAUGGUGGACAAGUCAUCAAUGUUAUGUUCUCGAUCAUGACUGGAGGAAUGUCACUAGGCCAGGCUUCUCCAUGCUUGCAUACAUUUGCAGUAGGGCAAGCUGCAGCCUAUAAGAUGUUUGAGACCAUCAAGCGGAAACCAAAAAUCGAUCUCUAUGACGCUAAUGGGAUGGUAUUGGAACACAUCAAUGGCGAAAUUGAAUUAAAAGACGUGUAUUUUAGAUACCCUGCCAGGCCCGAUGUUCAAAUCUUCUCUGGACUUUCACUGAAAAUUCCCUGCGGGACUACUGCUGCUUUGGUAGGACAAAGUGGAAAUGGGAAAUCAACUGUUAUAAGCCUCAUUGAGAGAUUUUACGAUCCAGAUUCCGGUCAAGUGCUUAUCGAUGGAGUUGACUUGAAGAAGUUGAAGCUCAAUUGGAUUAGGGGAAAGAUUGGACUAGUUAGUCAGGAACCGAUUUUGUUUGCAGCAAGCAUAAAAGAGAACAUAGCAUAUGGGAAAGAAAAUGCAACUGAUCAAGAGAUUAGAACUGCAAUUGAGCUUGCGAAUGCUGCCAAAUUCAUUGGCAAAAUGCCUAAGGGCCUUGAUACAAAAGUGGGAGAACAUGGGACUCAGUUGUCAGGUGGACAGAAGCAAAGAAUUGCAAUUGCAAGAGCAAUAUUGAAAAAUCCUAAGAUUCUCCUUCUUGAUGAAGCAACAAGUGCACUAGAUGCUGAGUCUGAAAGCAUUGUCCAAGAAGCACUGGAGAAAAUUAUGUGCAACAGGACAACCGUUGUCGUUGCACAUCGUUUAUCAACCAUCAGGAAUGCGGAUAUGAUUGCAGUGGUGCAAAUGGGAAAAAUUGUGGAGAAAGGUACUCAUGAGGAGUUAAUCAAGGAUAUGGAAGGGGCAUACUCCCAGCUAGUCUGUCUCCAAGAAGGAAUUAAGAAAACUGAAAACUCUUGCGUCAGGAUUGCAGAUAUUUUAGAAAUUAGUUUGGAUACCAGUCGACCUAUAUCCAGGGCUGGAAGCCUAAAACAGUCCACUUUAAAAUCCAUAAGUAGAGGUUCAUCUCGAAGGAGACAUUCUUUUACAGUUAGUGCAUUGGGCCUUAGCAUGCCUGAUCCUAUUAGUUUUCAUGAAAUUGAAAUGCACGAGCAGAGAACUGAAAGAUUAAAGAAACCUAAAGAAGUUUCUAUCAGAAAGCUUGCCUACCUGAACAAACCUGAGCUGCCAGUUUUAUUAGUAGGAACUACUGCUGCGGCCCUACAUGGUAUUACACUUCCAAUAUUUGGCCUUUUAUUCUCAACAGCUAUUAAUGUGUUAUAUAAACCUCCAAAUGAGCUAAGAAAAGAUUCCAGGACUUGGGCAUUGGUGUACGUGGGUAUUGGUUUGGUCGAUUUUAUACUUCUUCCAGUACAGAAUUUCUUCUUUGGAAUCGCAGGGGGUAAAUUGAUUGAAAGAAUUCGUUGUAUGACAUUUGAAAAGGUUGUGCACCAAGAAAUCAGCUGGUUUGAUGAUCCGGUGAAUUCAAGUGGUGCAGUUGGUGCAAGGUUAUCCGUCGAUGCUACUACAGUUAGGACUCUUGUUGGAGAUACCUUAGCCUUGCUUGUCCAGAAUAUAGCAACAGUUGCCGCAGGGUUGGUAAUAGCGUUUAGAGCCAAUUGGAUUUUGGCAUUUAUAAUUCUUGCUGUGUCACCAUUGAUGAUAUUCCAAGGGUACAUCCAGGUGAAGUUUUUGAAAGGCUUCAGUGGAGAUGCCAAGCUGAUGUAUGAAGAAGCAAGUCAAGUGGCAAAUGAUGCAGUUGGGAGCAUUAGAACUGUUGCAUCAUUUUGUGCUGAGAAAAAGGUCAUGGAUUUGUAUCAGAAGAAAUGUGAAGGUCCAAGGAAACAAGGUGUUCGACUUGGACUAGUUAGUGGAGCUGGUUUUGGCUUAUCUUUCUUUAUAAUCUAUUGCACAAAUGCAUUUUGCUUCUACAUGGGAUCCAUUCUGGUGCAACAUGGGAAAGCAACAUUUGAAGAAGUUUUCAAGGUUUUCUUUGCAUUGACAAUUGCAACAUUAGGGGUUUCUCAAUCUAGUGGCUUGAGUUCAGAUGCCAUCAAAGCCAAGAAUUCGGCAUCUUCAAUUUUUACUAUCAUUGAUAGGAAGUCCAAAAUCGACUCAAGUAGUGACGAAGGUAUUAUUCUUCCAUAUGUAAAUGGUGACAUUGAGUUCGAAAAUGUCAGCUUCAAAUACCCAAUGAGGCCCAAUGUUCAAAUUUUCAAGGACUUGUCCUUAUCUAUACCAUCAGGAAAGACUGCUGCAUUGGUAGGCGAAAGCGGCAGCGGGAAGUCAACAAUCAUUAGCCUAAUAGAAAGAUUUUACGAUCCUGAUUCUGGUCAUAUAUAUUUAGAUAAUGUGGAAAUCAAGAAGUUGAAACUAAGCUGGUUGAGACAACAAAUGGGAUUAGUGAGCCAAGAACCAGUACUCUUCAAUGAAACAAUCCGUGCAAACAUAGCUUACGGCAAGCAAGGAGAUGUAACUGAGGAAGAGAUAAUUGCAGCUGCAAAAGCAGCAAAUGCACAUAAUUUCAUUUCCUCGUUACCCCAGGGCUACGACGCUUGUGUUGGUGAACGAGGAGUGCAAAUGUCUGGCGGGCAAAAGCAAAGAAUAGCCAUUGCCAGGGCAAUACUGAAGAAUCCAAGGAUUCUUUUGCUUGAUGAGGCGACAAGUGCUUUAGACGUCGAGUCGGAGCGAAUCGUACAGGAUGCAUUAGACACUGCAAUGGAAAAUAGGACUACUAUUAUUGUUGCUCAUCGCCUUAACACCAUUAAAGGAGCUGACCUUAUUGCAGUGGUGAAGAAUGGUGUGAUUGCUGAGAAAGGAAAGCAUGAUGUGCUUAUAAAGAUUAAUAAUGGUGCUUAUGCUUCCUUGGUUGCACUUCAAUUCAGUAAAACAUAAUAAUAAAGGAAGAGAAAAGAGAAAAGGAAAGCUUAUGCUUCUUUAAUUUGCUGCUAUAAUGGUGACAGUUGAGAGGGUUAAAAAAAUAUUUAAAACCAAAGUAUAUAGUGAUUUAAUUUUUCUUUUUAACAUCUUUAUGUGUUUAUUAUGUGAAAAUUUAGAAA